UUCCCUCCCUCCCUCGCUCCCUCGCUCCCUCCUCGCACUCCCCGGCUCCGGCCGCGCGCUGGCGGGGCUCCGCAUUGCACACUCCGGGGGCGCCGCAGUGUUCGUGGGAUGGAGCAGCGGGCUGCCGCUGGCGGCCGGAAUCCGCGUGCAGCCCGGAAUCAAUAAUCCUGAAGAAUAGAGCUGAUUGGCCCAGCCUGGGACAGAUGUCAACUUAGACCAAUCAGCUGUGGCUGCGGAGUGUAGCAAGUAAUCUAUUGGAAUAAAACCAGCAGUUGAGUAACUCAUGCAAAGCGGUCCAUCCACACGGGGUUGACCUUCCACUCUGGCUGCUGAAAUACAGGUGCAAGUCCUCUUCCGUCGUCCUGAGUCCCUGCUCCCGGGCCCCCUGGAUGAGUGACGCCUCGGUCUGCCAUGGAAGCUGGCCCUGCCCUGGCCUGGCUCCUGCUCCUGAGUCUGCUGGCUGAUUGUCUGAAAGCUGCUCAGUCCCGAGACUUCACCGUCAAAGACAUAAUCUACCUCCACCCUUCAACCACACCAUAUCCUGGUGGAUUUAAGUGUUUCACCUGUGAAAAGGCAGCAGACAAUUAUGAGUGCAACCGAUGGGCUCCAGACAUCUACUGCCCUCGAGAGACUAGAUACUGCUACACUCAGCACACCAUGGAAGUCACAGGAAACAGCAUCUCUGUCACCAAGCGCUGCGUUCCGCUGGAAGACUGCUUGUCCACGGGCUGCAGAGACUCCGAGCAUGAAGGCCACAAGGUCUGCACUUCCUGUUGUGAAGGAAAUAUCUGUAACUUGCCACUCCCCCGAAAUGAAAGUGAUGCCACGUUUACCACAACGUCACCCAUAAAUCAGACAAAUGGGCACCGAGGCUGCAUGUCAGUGAUAGUGUCCUGCUUGUGGGUGUGGUUGGGACUCACGUUAUAGCAGCUCAAAGGCACCAUGUGUCGUAGCGAUCCAUGGGGACUUCGAGGGUCCAUAGUCAUGCAUGAGGCAUUGGCCUGACAGUAGUCACACAUGUGAAACCACAACACUCACGGAUGUCUUCACGGCCAAGCACUUCCACUUACCACGGGGAACAAGUAUUGCUCCAAUGUAGUCAUUUCAAAUCCAAAACCUCAUCAAAGCAGCCUGCCCCCAAAACAGUCCCUGGGUUCUAUACCAUAAACCUUUGUUUCCCCUCCAAAAAAUAGCUCUGCAUUUACUGAGAUUUGGGGCUUUUAGUUUGGAAUACAUGCACGAGCCACAGGAGGUCCUGCAGCCCUCUGAGGUAUUAGGCAUAUGUUAUAUGGACACGUGUAGAUCUGUGUUCUUCAGCAGAAAGGUCAAUGACCCCUGGUUUGAGUGGUCCAGUCAUGAAUUCAUUUAUAGCUUUAGAGUUUUAAAACUUUGAUUCCCAAAUGAAUGGACUAUUUCCUUGGAGAGUCUGACCAAGUCCCUAGAAAACUAGUAAGCAGUUUGUCCAAUUUAAUUGUCCCAAUAUUCUUCUCCCAAUGGCGGGACUCAUGGGACAUGAAAAAAAAAAGGCAAUCAUAAAAGUUUUUUUGUAUGGGAGGAGAGGUGGCUGGAGAAGGAUUUUUCCCAACUUAAUGGAACUAGCACCCAUAAGAUGACUGUUUAUCCCUUCAUAUAAUUGGUGAGAUUGGCCUUGAUUUGGCACCUAACUGUGCUCCAUGAAAUCCUGGAUUCUACCUGGACCAAUAGGUAUCCAAAGAGGCUGACAGCAGUAUGGGGCUAUUUCCUCCAGCGAUGAGGUUCUAUUCAGGCAUAGCUAAUUGAGACAGAGAGAGGAUUUCAAAACGAAAGGCAGGUGUGCGGGGUUGAUCCGAGUUCGUUGUGAGGGCACAGUAAGUGUCUCUGACAAACCUUUCAUCUGCAAUUUACACUGCCCCAGAGCCCUCUUUGUUCUCCCUCUUCCAGAUCCCCGGUGACUUCAGGGAGAAGGUUCUGCAUUAAGUUGUCUCAAGAUUGAUAGGAAAAGAAGAUGUAAUAUCCUAGGAUGAGAAGUAGGUGGGCCACUGGAGUGAUGGUGAGACUAGUAAAGAGACCCAGUGAGGUGUUUUUAUUUUUUUCAGAUGAUUGCUUUUGAAGUAAAUGUUAAGACUUUCACCAUCCUUCCUAUAUUUUUGGCACCUCCAAUUUUUUCUUCUUCCUUAUAAAUCAUUUAUACACUAUUUAUUUUUGUAUGGCAUAACUAGAGACUAAAAUAUAUUAUAAAAGAUUCUUUAUUCUGAACAAAACGAUCACAUUAGAAUACAUAUUUUUCAACAGUGGUAGAGCUUAUAAUAUAUGUUUGUUGAAAGUUAUCUAUAAUACUUGCACCAGUGUUGAAAAAACUUAAUUUAUGCUGUGAGCAAGAGUAAUGUGUUGGCCUCAAGGUUUUUGCUCGUGGUUUUCUCCGUGGUAUUGUCCCAGAAGUAUUCGGGUGGUGACCAUCACUGGUAUGAGUUUCUCUGCAGGGUUAGGGGGCGUAUUUGCAUGAACUUUGGUGGAGUCGUUGCUGAUCAGGAGGCCAGUUUUGUCAGGGUCCAUCUGCCCUGCAGAGGAAAAUGUCUCGGGCUCAUAAAAUGAGCCCCCUCAGGGACCAAAUGUGAACUGACAGCAGAAACUCUGAAACAAAAUAAUCUAAAUUGCAUCAGAUAGCCUUAAUUCAGAGUUUGGUAGGUUUAUUAAUAUGUUGCUUACAAUUGGGGCAGGGGAAGUAGAGGGAGAGAGAAAGCAAGACAUUUACUAAGCACCUCUUACGUGCCAGACGCCACACUAAGCACUUUACAUGAGUCGGGUCAUGUAAUCCCUGCAAGAACCCUGUAAGGAAUGUUACUAGUAUUUACACGUUACAGAUGAAGGUACUAAGGCUCUAAGAGGUAAAAUGAAGCCUUUCCUUCCAGUUUAGGUUAUAUGGGAUGAGGUGGGACGGAAGAGGAAGGGAAGGUGGAAUUGCCACCCCUAGGAAAACUUCCAGGCCUGACAUCAUGGGAAUUUGUCCAUCUUAUCAUGUGGAGUUUGUCUAGUCCUGCUUCUAUACGAUGCCAUUUGUGUGUGUCCCCAGACAAUGUUUUUUCUUUAGGGGGUGUGGGUGUGGCUUCCUCAUUCAUUCCUUUUGCUAUCAAAGAGGAGGCAGGUUGAUCUUCCAUCUGAAGAUGCCAUAAGACAAUGACAAUUUGAUGUAUAUACCUACAAAUACAUUUUUGUGCAUGGGUCACUCUCCACUGACACCCUCCAAGUACUGCAUGUGAUUAAAGUAAGAGAUAAACCCCAAAUCUUGGUUCUUAAUGAGAAGGCACCACUCCAAAGCCUCCCUGGCUGGUGUGUAGGGACCAGAUCCACAAUGGUGCAGACUCAUCUGCCACCCAGGGGGGUCACUGCAAAUUCCACACAGAUGUGGCUACAUGCACCCCAUGUACCUGUCAGAAUGGCUGGUGUUUCAUUCUCUUCAAAGAAAGUGGUUUGCUCACCAUUCCCAGCCUCAAGGAGCCAAGGAAGGGCCAUUCAUGUGGAAGGCCCAGGACUAGUCAUCCAUCUGACUUUUCUACCACAUUAAGCCUUCCAUUAAAUCCUACGGUUGGUGACAGCUUGAAGUGCAAAGAGCCGCGAUGUGUAUAUCAACCUGUGUGCCAUUUAUUUAUUUUUAGAUUCCCCACAGCGUUCAUGUCGAUAUGGGAUUAAUGCCUAAAUUUUGUAAAUAUUGUACAUUUUGUAAAUCAAUGAAUAAAGGUUUUAAGUGUA